GCGUGGACUGUGCGCGUGCCCUGCGCUAUCGUACCGCGCGGGUCUCCUGGAUCUUCUGCGGGGCUCCCACACAAGAUGAGCUCGGACUCGCAGCGUUGAGCGCCUCUCCUCAUUCUACACACCGAGGCUGGCCGUUUGAAUGGCAGAAGGGGGUGAUGUUGAGCGAGAGAGAAAGAGGACACAUGCGUCGGAAUGACACAGGGUUUCACCCCACUGAUCCCAUUCCUGCUGCUGCUUCUUAUGGGAUUUGCAAUGGCUGGUCUCCAUAUGUGGCCCUCAGCACACAUUGCUCUGAGCAAUGCCAGCGUUUUUGUCAACUAUGACGCAGAUGGCAACAUCACAGACAUUGAGUUGGCUGUGGCUUUGGUGGACAUUGAUAAGAAUGUAACUGUGCUGACCAAGCCUCUCCCAUUCAACCAAUCCGAGGGCUCACUGGAGUUUGACUGCACGUGCUUCUUGUAUGCUGGAAAUUUCAGCUUCAGGUUAGAGCAUACAGCUCAACAGGGCUCCACCAACAGGACGUCCAGCCAGUGGUGGAGCCCAAUACUGCGGGUCCAGUGGCCCACUUUCCAUCUUGGAGUAGAGCGGGCUAACAACAACCACAGCUCUGAUGCCUUUCAGAUCACUGUGUCCACUAAUGACCACUUCCAUGCCUGCCCCAGCAGCAAGACCUCAUCCCUCUAUCUGGAGGUCACCUACCUGGAGCACAACCAGAUUGGGAAGAACACUAUAGACAAGGUGCAGAAUCGCAUGAAGCGAGACAUCAAGGUCGUGAAGUCUCAGCACGUUGAGCUGGACUGCGCGUCCCAGCUGACCGAACGUGGCUUCAUCCAGGUGGCCCUCAAAUCUCACCACUCCCAGCAGGACAUCAAAUCAUCAGGGCCACUGUACCUGUCCCGCAUCUUCUCCUAUAAGCUUCUGGUGGAAAACAUCUAUAGGAAUGGCUGUGAUGGGACGGUGUCUGUCCACCUGCUCUCGCCCCCCUGCACCCUCACCACUGGGAAAGUGCUGUUGUAUAAAGAGGCUAAUACAGCUGCAGAGCAAGCAGGUCCCUCUCAACUGGCCUUUAACUUCCUCAGCCAGGGCGAGAACGAGACGGAGUUUAACUGCUCCAUCUUUGAUCUGGGCAGGAAUAAGUACUGCUUUCAUUUCACACUCAUCUACAGCCAGUCACCCAGUUCAGCACAGACCUGCAUCAUUGUGCAGAGGAACGCUGUGGAGAACUGGGGCCCCUGGCAAACGUGGAGCGGGUGCAGCGUGACUUGUGGGGAAGGCGUUCGAGAGCGUGUGCGUGACUGUCUGCUGCCCUCUGGUGGUGGGAUGCAGUGCACAGGCAUGGUGAGAGAGCAGUCGCCCUGCUCCCUGGAGGACUGCACUGAGGACCUGCCUCCCCCUUCCUUCCCACCUCCUCCAGCUGUGGACUCUCUUCUGGGGGGAAAUAUGAUGGUGGUGGUCGGUAUCUCUCUGUGUCUGGCAGUCAUCCUGGUCACCAUCCUCAUCACAGUGUGGAGAAAACUGUGCCGUGCUCCGAAGUGCAGCUCAGUGCGGCGUGAAUCCAUGCAUUCUCCCAGUGGGCGCAAGAACUCGGAUGAGGCAUCUAUCUGUGGACAUAGCCUGCAAAGGCCGAGUUUCUCUGAAAGUCUGCAGGCAACUGGACUUCAGAAAGGUCUAAAGUACCCCACAUCUGCAUCAGACAAGGGUGUACUGGCUUGUGAGCAGAGUCUCUCGCUACCCUUGGCUUUGCCCUUGGAACAGGACCCUGAACGGAUGUCACCCUCUGGUCAGAAGAUUCUGCCUCCCAUUUUUGGCUAUCGUUUGGCCCAGCAGCAGCUCAAGGAAAUGAAGAAGAAGGGACUUAAAGAAGCCACUCAGGUCUAUCAUGUCUCCCAGAGUCCUAUUGAUGACACCAUGUUGGAGGCAACAGCCUCCACAUCUGCUGGUCUGACGCCAGUGCCUCAGGAACUGGAAAGCCAGGAGGAACCCAAUAUUAGUCACUUUCACAAAUCCCCCUUUCCUGAGCCUUUAUGGCCUCACAAAAACUCUGCCACCCUGCCUGACAGGCUAAGCCCUAAGGUGGAUCUAAUACUGGGGACACCAAAGUCUGCUUUCAGUGCCAGAGAACGGAGGCAGGAGCGCACCGCAGACUGGGUGGCGAUGGUGGAGCGCAGCCGACUUGAUUGCUCCAAGAAUCCAAAUUUCAGGAGGACCUCCAGCUUUAACGAGAGCAACCUGCAGCAGCUUCCACCACCACGGCCCUUUAGAGAGCGGAGCAUGACCCAGGUUGCACCACGCCAGCUUCCAGAGGGCAGCUGCAGGACCAGAGCCUGGGAGCACCCCAUUCCGGAACUGGAGGACUGGUCUCAGCCCAAAUAUAGGGUACCAGACAGUUCAAAUGACCAAAGGCGCCGGCCAUGGGUGGGUACUCCACCUUCUCUCUCGAAAACCAAAACCAUCAGUACUUAAUUCAGGACUUCAGGGACGCU